AUGGAAGGAAAACGCACCGACGAUCAAUGCAUCCAAGGAUCCAAACAAAAACGGAUCGAAGAGCUUGAGAACUCGACACCACUCGACACCGUUCGCAACGAUGAAGCAAUUCGAGUGCUAACUACCUAUCAAGGCGACCAGACAUGGACCGAACUGGAGGAGAAGAAGCUCGUACGAAAGAUAGACCGCAGGCUUCUUUCUAUAGUUGUGACAACGUACGGUCUUCAGUAUUACGAUAAGGCCAUGCUUUCACAGGCUGCUUUGUUCGGCUUAAUUGAGGAUUUGCAUCUCAACACUGGAAUACGAUACUCGUUUUCCUCAGCCAUCUUCUACCUUGGGUUCAUUUGCGGUGCGUACCCAGCAAUCUUAAUGGCACAGCGAUAUCCAAUCGAGAGAGUAAUGUUCGGUAUUGUUUGUCUCUGGGGAGUUUGUCUCCUGACCACAGCCGGCUGUGCAACGUACCAGGGCCUAUACACGCAGCGAUUCUUCCUUGGCAUGUUGGAGAGUGGUGUUAGCCCGGCCUGGAUCUGGUAUAAAAAGCAGGAGCAGGCGUUUCGAAUGGGAGCUUGGUAUUGCGCAACCGGCUACGUGUCGAUUAUUUCGCCUGUGAUUAACUACGGCCUGGGACAUAUCACCGGAUCACUAUCUCCCUGGAGGUAUAUGUAUCUUGUAGCUGGCCUGAUUACAAUCGCUUGGUCGUUCGUCAUUCUGUUUCUGAUGCCUCCAGAACCGGUUCGUGCGAAGCGUUUCUCAGAUCGCGAACGCUACAUCGCCGUGGCACGAAUGCGAAGUAAUAACUCUGGCAUCCGCAAUACCCAUUUCAAGCGCCAGCAGCUCUUGGAGCUCGUUUCCGAUGCUAAAUUCUGGCUCAUCUUUGCAAUAGCAUUUCUGGUCUUGGUUGCCAAUGGACCAGUCUCGACUUUCACGCCGAUUAUUAUAUCUGACUUAGGGUUCUCUGGGCUUAACUCACUUCUCCUUGUCAUGCCUGCUGGGGCGAUUAUUGGCACAAUCGAGCUCAUGGUGCCAUUCGUUACGAUGAAGUUCCCCGGCUCUCGUUGCUAUUUAGUAGCUGUCACGGUAUCAUUGACGCUGUUAGCAAGCCUUUUGCUAUGGCAGCUUCCAACAUCCGCUGUUGGUGGCCGACUCUUUGCAGUGUAUAUCUUAGCAAGCUAUGGAGGCGGUUAUGCAGUUUUAAUGGGUCUCCAAAUCGCGAAUACAGCUGGCUAUACUAAACGUUCGCUUGGGUCAAGUGGAAUAUUUGUGGGUUACUGUCUAGGUAACUUUCUCGGUCCGCUUGUUUUCAAGGCGGAGGAGGCGCCGCACUACACCACAGGCUGGAUCACUACUAUUGCAACUUCUGCUGUAGCUGUUGUGCUGACCUUCGUGUACCGAUGCUUGUGCGCGUGGGAGAAUCGACGUCGCGAUAAGACCGGGGAAAUGGAAGCGUUCCAGCACGCUUAUAACGACGACUUAACGGACAAAAGGAAUCCACAGUUUAGGUAUACCCUUUGA